UAGAGGAGGAAGAAGAAGAUUGUUGCACGACGUAAUGGUCGCUGCACUGAUGUCAAUCUAAAAUUUCAAGUCUCCCAAAACCAAAUUAUUUUCCAAACUUGUGUUGACUCGAGGACUUCAAGGCAGCCUUUCUGGUCUCUGCAGUUGAGGUCCUUGUCCAAAUUAUCGGCCUCCACCAACAACCAUGCUCGCAUUUUUUGCCAAGAAGGUCAAAGGAAACGAAAGCAAAGGAAAAUCGGGGAACCCUGACAAGAGAGUGAAACCGGACAAACCAGAGGAGCCGAAAGACGCCGAGAAAGGGAAUGAAAGCAAAAGGAAAACGAGGACACCUGAAAGAACAAGAAGAGCGUAUAAACAAGAGGAUCCAGCAGGCAAACCAGAGGGUCCGAAAAAGAAAGGGGAACCUGAGGAUCCGAAUGUGAUGGGCGAACCAUUAGGACCACCAGUUGACAAACCAGGUCUCCACAAUGUUCCUUCCCUGGAAGUGGUGGUUGAACCGGAAUUUCCUCCACCUGUGAAGGGCAUGGAACCACAGCUCAUCGCUACAACUCCAAGCGAGUCCGCUAUGAAGACCGCUAAAGACGACGAACCAAUCGAACAAGCUGGGAGCAGUCUGUGUUCAAAAAAGCCGAGCAAAGCCACGAUUGAUAUCGGGUUUCCUCUUUCUGCCGGUUUACCCCGAUCCUACGCACGAAACCAUCUGGCUCCUGAACCAGCGGACGCUCCAGCGGAAACUGGAGCGGUUCGACCACCGAAAUCCACGCAAGCUGCUAUGAGGGUCCCAGCAGCGCCACCUUCGGAGAAGGCCCUCUAUGCUCAAAAAUCCGCCGUUAAAAUUGCAGUUAGUUAUUCGUCGUUGCCUCCGGUGCUAGAGUUGAAGUCCACUACUACAACAACGUCUUCGGCGUCGGUUUUCGUUAAUAAGGAAGCUGACUCACUAUUCCGAGUCGACAUGGAGGUUAACUCGUCUCAUCGGAAGAGCUCGACCCCAGAUGAAGACAUCACUGUCCAUUCCACAGAGAGCACUGUUGCAGACAAAUUCAGCAUUGAAAUCGUAUCUAGGGAAAGAACGCCGCAUCGCGACCAGGCAUCCAACACCGGGGCGAAGAAGCAGAAAUGGAUGCAGCCGUUCCAUUGCGAAAACCAGCAGCAAAGGAGACUUUUGGCGAGUGAGCAGCGAAGAUACAGCACAAGAGGGACCCACCAGUCCAUUGUGUUUUGCAGUCAAGCUGACGAACAGCGUGUGCAGCCCCAGGCUAGGGUGCAGCUGCAGGCACAGCCGAUACAAGCUCAGCAACUACAGCGUCAACUCCAGGAGCCUCUGCUGAUGCAGUCACAGUGUUUGUCAUCCCAAAUGCUGCAUUCUCAGCCACACCACGCUGAUAGUGCUCAACCACAGUCUAAACAGCCUCAAAUCACACAACCUCCUGUCUGUCAAGCACAAAGCAUGCAACGUCGCUCCGUAUGUUCUCAAACCUUACUAUGCCAAGCAUAUCAAGUACAGAACCCACAAGUGCAGCCAACGCAGCCGCAGACUUUACAGCAUCAGCACUAUCAAACACAGAAUACGCAAUCGCAGCCCAUGCAUCCCCAGAUUUUACGACCUCCGAAUUGUCAACCACAGAAUACACAAGCACAGUCCAUACAGUACGAUACCGUGCGACCUCAACCUUAUCAAACACAGAACGCACAGGCCCACUUGAUGCAUUCCCAGAUAUCACAACCUCAAGCCUAUGAAGCACAGAUGCAUUCCCAGAUGUCACAACCUCAUGCUUAUGAAGCACAGAAUGCGCAAUCGCAGUUAGUAAGGCCACAGACCUUGGUAUCUGAGGCUUUAAAAACGCAACAACUGCCUUCUGCGUUCUUUACGGAACCAAAGUUGCAGAGCUUGAGGCCCCAGCAAUUUGAAUACUGCAACAAUCAAAACGUUGCUUCGAGUUGCCCAUUGGUGCAACAACAGGUUAACGCAGCAGCAAUGACAUGUGGCGCCGCAACAGUACUUGACGCUUGUUGCCGAAGUCGAACGCAACUAAAUCAAAAUCUAGCACCGGCUGCUCCAACCCAAUACCAGCCAGCAGGGUACGCAUCACCGCCGACCCAGUGUCAGGCAAACUACCAGAAGGCGCUUCUCCAGAACCUGCAGACCCCCUGUCCUCCAGGAUGUCCUGUUCCUGCAACGAUGGCGUAUCAAGGUUUGACAAACACGGUGUAUCCUGCUCAGUCGGGUAGCGCAUACCGAACCUCGUCUCCUCUCGCGUACGACGCACCGCCGCCCUAUGGGGAGAGCCCUGUGGGUUCCACAGUGAUAAUAGAGAAGAGAACGAGUGCCAAGCCAAAGGUCAAUGCCCGAUCACCAGCGGUUGGCGUUCUCAGCAUCGAAAUGACCGAACAAAAAGGUCGGCCGAGAAAGUCCGAUUUGGCGACCCGUUGGAUCGCCGAAGUUGUGUCGAAUUCAAGCAGUGAGUCUUCGCUGCCAGAAAUUUUGUCGAAGCAUAAGUCAAAGAAGGGCCAUUGUGCUUGUAGCCCGAAAAGCAACAAACAUCGUGGGAAAGACAGACGAGAUUCGCGUGUUUGUGAGUGUGGACACGAUAGUAAGUCCUGUAAAGGAAAAAGAUCACCUGCACGAAGAUGACAAGGGCUCACAAAAUUGUAACUCGGCUUACUAUGUAUACACGAAAUAGAACGCUGAGAGAGUA